UACAAGCUUGAUAUAUAGGGAGUCCUUCGGGAAGGUAGAGAAAUAGGUGUGGGUCUGUAUUGUGAUGAUACCGAAGAAGCAGAGAAGGCGCCUCCAAGGAUCUCCUGGGCGCUAGUGGCGAUCAUCGGCAGACGGGAUGAGCAAAGAGGCGUGUCGGGUGGAACGGACUCAGGAAGAGAAGGAUUUUCAACAGUUUAAAGACCUCUGCAACCACGUAGAGGCCUCGGGCUUGGGGCUGUUACUCCGUCAGAUCAAUGCCGUUGAUGAGGUACACAUACCGCCGGAACCGACUAUGGGACUAUCGCAUCAAAGAGAAACAUCCAGAUGGAACAACUGGCGAUCCUUUGCACCGGCAUCGGUACGGAGAUACGAAGAUCGAAGAGGAGGUUUCCCUUGUUCUCGAAAUCAGGCAGUGGAGCUCUUGCGGUUGCCUCAGUUUCAGCUUGCCGGCACUGGGCGUUUUAUUUCCUUCCGUCCAAAACGGGCUGCAACAAACGCUUUCUUCAUCGAUGUUGUUGGGGAGCAUGCUGGAUUUUCAGCGCGUGCCUUUGGCCGCGCCUCGCAAGGGCGGGCUCUCCGUUGUUUUGACGGGAAAGCCGGAAGAUCUCGCUUGGAUCAACUUCCUCUAGUUGGGCGCUUCCUUUCACGCAUGAAUGAUUGGCGUUUAUGAUUCACCCCAGCAUUUUAGGCUGUCAGACCGUUCAACGGAUCUUGGAAUAUCAAGUGAUGGGGCAAUUAAAUCCAUCUGUGAUUAUAGAGGCUGGUAACCUGCCUACCACCUAAUCACACCAUGGAUUCUACUGUUCCCAACAUGAUAUUCACUGCGUUUUGAGGCACAAUAUCCGAGGUGAUAUCCGAGCUCGGAUACUUCCCGGAUUUCAUGUGCUGGCGAAACUACGAAAGAUU